CUCUCUUUACUUAUCGUGACAACUGGGUUUGAAUUGGCUAUUGUAUCUCCCUUCAGCCCUGUUCCCGUUUUCUAGACCACAUCAUCAUGUUCAGAUUAUCACUCGCGCUCUUCGCGGUGGCCUUGGCCUUGUCGGCCAUUGUUCAGUGCUAUCCCAUGGCAAUGUCGGGGAAUAAGGAUUCCUCGCUGCACGAGCGCUCUCCCAGCCCAAGAAUGAUCCCCGGCUCAAACGACCUGCUCUCUGACAUGCUGGCUCGAAUCGGUAUCCAACACUUUGACAAGCUCAACAGCAUGGACCACACGGACUCCUACGACGACCCUGCUGUCAUCGACGACAGCAACAGUACCAAUGCCACCAAGACCGACCACGAGAACUCGGCCAACCAGAACGCAGACGUCAGUGGUGGUGAUCACGGUCUCCCUGAUCCCACGAAAAACCUGUACGGCUUCUUCGACACCUUGUACAAGUCGCUGGCGCACAAGUUCAGGACAGCGCUGGAUAGCAGUGACGAGAUCACAUUGCGAUAGCUAAGUGGGUGUAUGGUCUAAGAAUGGAGUGUCUGUUUGUUGUUCUCUCAGACUUAUGAAUUAUGAUGAAAGGAGAGGAUUAUCUGUAUUAUUAGUGUAUGCUAGCAAAAUAAUACUCAAAAUAAUUGACUUUGUUCGCGCAUCGAAGAUCACCGGACGUCCA